ACAUGAGUCGAAUAAUACCGGAUGUUAUUAUAAUAUAAGUGAAAUUGUAUGGCUGUGUGAUGCAUGGCGUUUUGUAUGACCACGACGAUGGGCGAGAGAUCGAAUGAUACAGACUUCGUACUAACAUAAAUAGGUAUGUAAGCAUACUUGGAUUCUUAUGUCAGGAUGAAAACUGUAGUACAAGGUAUUUGCUAUAACUUGGUGGAAGAAAAAAGAUAAAAAAAGUGAAACAAAAUGGCGGACAGAAAGUUUGUGACGCGUUAGUAAUACCCAGUUCAUCUUGCGAUAGAUGUCCUCUAACUGGCACAUUUGGGUCGUUUUCUAGGUCAAAGAUAAAUUAUGAAAUUCUGAUUACUCAAUAAAAACGUUUUCUUUUUUCUAUUUAACUUAUUUAUGAAUUUUAAUCAAUAAAAAUCUACUGAUAAUUGCGACAAAUUGUCACGUGUUUCUAUGACGUCACAGGCUGCUUUUUCAUGAAAAUGCCAUAGUAAUUUCGUGUUUUGACGUUUAGUAAAAAGUAACUGAUAUGACCAGUCGGAAACUACCCCGAGCGUAUGUUCAAAUAGGCAUCUUUUUACACAAUAAUUAAUUUAAAUGAGAUUGAAAAAAGGUUGUAUUUUCUCUUCCGAAAAUAUUUCUGAUGUAAGUAAAGUAAUUCUGCCACAAUUUCUAACCAUAUUUGAUGAUAACUCCAAAAAUGUUCCCACUUAGUUGCCAACCCUAUUGUAAAGAUAAAUUAGCCACGUUAUAGGAAAUACCCUGUAGAUGUUUUAAUGUAAUUCUACGACUUUACCUCAUAUUUCCAUUCUUUAUUAUGCAUUUGAACAUUAUUUAGUUAGAAUUGGGGCGUGUUUUGUUUGUUAUAUUCUUCUUUGGUUUACCUUUAUAGCCAUAUGCGGCCUUCGCGGCAUGGCAACCACGCCGCGCGCGACGCGAAUUUUAUCGAGGGCUUUAAUCAAUAUCCGUACGACGCCUAUCGACGCGUAGAUAGCAUUCGCUGCGUCUUUCUAGUACCUACGUGGGUCUUUAGCGGUUCAAUAAUAACUCUGAUAGCACGGUUGAUGAGAUUGGUCAUCCACCUCACAACCUACACGAGAGAAAAAGAUACAUAUAACGUAUAAAACACAAUCCCAUUACUUUCACCUUUAUAUACAUUCACUACACUAUUAUGUAAUUUUAUACUUCUUACUAUUAACUAUACAACUUAUAUAAUAAAUAUCUCUCGGGUAUUUUAAACAUAGUUUUAUGUAGGUAGUUCAUAAAUACGUCGUGUGACGGAACCGCGAUCUGAAUUUUUGGAUAUUACUUUUGUUCUCAUACGAAGAAAAAGGUGUGUAAAUUAUGACAUUAGUUUUUGUUAGUUUGGCUAUUAAGCCCAGGAUAUUUUAUACAUUCAUAUAUUAUACCGCGCAAUAAUGUUAUACGUAGUCGCCGUGUAAAAUAACAUGAUUUUGCUCAAGUCAAUUAGAAAGUGUGAAACAAACAAGCGUCCCAAGUUGAAAAAUUAGAUAAACAAUAUAUUACUCGUAACAAUUAAAAUACCUUCUUGCGGUUCAAAAAGAGCCACGUUUAAUCAAUGCAUAAUAUUAAAAAGAAAUAUUGCAAUUUGACAUUUGUAAGCAUUGCGCACUUUACUUUAUAUGCGCAAAUGUCAAAUUUCAGAUAAAUUGCCUCAACGUGGUCUUUUUGACUCUCUGGUUCAAAAGCGAUUAAAUUUAGGAUAUCGCAUGAAAAUCUAAAACACUUUAAAUAAUAUUAAAUUGGUGCUGACUCCAGUACACACCAUCUUAAUUUAUUUUAAGUUAUACUCGCUCCUUGUUCGAGAGGUUUUAAACAGUGUAGUCUACGUCUUAUGCUCCAGCAUCGUCACAAUUUUCAAAGCUCAUAUCCAAAGCUAAAAAAAAAAGUUAGUUUCCCGCUUCCUGAACGCAGCUGUCAACUAAUGUCAUUACGGUUUUUGUGCACCGGCGCGUCACUUCGCCUCCGUAAAUAAACUAAUUAAAAACCAAUAUUUAAUACAAAAACAUGAUUGAUAUAGUGCGAAAAAUCUGUUACUUACAUAAUCAAGUGCUUUUUUCUCUAAAAAAGCUAGAAACAGUACCAAAGAAAAAAUGUGGAUGACGACGAGCGUAAGUUCUUUUUGAUAAAACAAAACGUGGAUUAUACUGGAAAGAAAAUGACCAUGAACAGUUUAUAGCACCGCGUUAUGUGUUGAAGAACUUUGAGACAGUUUGUGAAUAAAAUAAAAUAGAAGAAAUAAUGAAGAUGGGUGACCUGAAGCUGUGUCUGUUCAUCGCGCUUGUCUUCGUAGCAGCAUGUUCUGGCGCGAGGAACUCCAAGCUACUGGCAGCUCAGACCACGACCACCAUGCCACCAUCGCCACCACCCACCGUCCGCACCAAUAUCAUGGUGGCCACCAGACAAAGCAGCACACAGCCGAUGCAGCUGGCGACACUCCCCCCGCCUUGCCCGGAGGCCACCAGCACUGUCAGCCCCCCCGGCCGCCUGCGAGCCGCCAUGAAGAACACCAGCUUCACGCAGAUGAAUGCCUUCUUCGACGCAUUCCUCGUCUUCUUCAGUGAUGAGCACCUGAGCGAAGAACCAGCUCCAGAAGAACGUCGCCUGGAGUACAUCAGCGGCUGGGACGGCGCUGGCACGGCAGCUGUGCUGGCGGAAGGAGGCGCGGCGCUCUGGGUACCCUCAGGAGAUGUGACUCGGGCAAAAGAUACAGUAUCCUGCGCGUGGAUUGUCCUUGAUGCUGAUGAUCCUAGCCAGCCUACAGUCGCUGAAUGGGUGGCCGAUCGCAUCGGCCGCGCAGGCCGGGUGGGCGGCGACGCUCGCCUGACGUCAGUGUUGGAGUGGCAAGGCAUCUCCACAGUCCUGCAGCGUAGUGGGCUGACCUUAGUCCACGUGCCCACCCUACUAGACCAGCUGUGGGCAGAGGAACCCGACCCGGCGCGCCGACGACCUGACUUCUCCCGGAUCGUCGCUAACUUGCAUCAUAUGGAGUAUACUGGUCUCCAGUGGCGAGAGAAGGUGGCUCUUCUCCGCCGCGACAUCAACAUGUCUGGAGCCGAGGCGAUGAUAGUGACAGCCUUGGACGAAGUAGCAUGGCUCCUCAACGUGAGAGGCAAGGACGUGCCGACCGCUCCGCUGCUGAAAGCCUUCGUCAUCGUCAGCCUGACUGAUGUGAGGGUCUAUGCCCCCCCGGGCAAGCUGUCCAUGCCCGUCAGGGAGGCUUUAUCCGUCUACAACUGUUAUCCGAAUAGUAAUAACAACAAUUGUACGAGAGUCAACGAAUACACGACCAUCUACUCCGACCUUCGACGGCUGACUGAGUCGAAAGUCCUCAUUCCUACAGCAGGGACAUUUCAACGAGGUGCUUCUGCAGCCAUUGCUAUGGCAGUACCGCAGCCCAAGAGGAUGUACCAACCUUCCCCCAUUAUUUACUUGAAGGCGCAGAAGAACGAAGCUGAGGUGAAGGGAAUGCAUAGAGCGCAUCUCCGGGACGCUGUGGCUAUGUGUACGCUGCUUAGUUAUAUGGAGGGCAUGAUGAAAACAGGCCUAACUGAGCUGUCAGUAGCGAUGAAGGUGGACGUGACACGGGCCACGCAGGCGGGGUACGUGGGCGUCUCCAUGGCAACCAGGGUGGCGUUCGGGCCCAGUGGAGCCGAGCCUGACUACCGCGCCACCAACAGCACCAAGAACCGCCGGGUGUUCACCAACUCCACCCUUGUUAUACGAUCAGGAGGACAGUACGAUGAGGGCACGACAGUAGUAACGCGGACCCUGCACUACGGCGCCCCAACCCACCAGAUGAGGACAGCAUACACCACUGUUCUCCGCUCGCUAGCCGCCAUGUCUACCCUGCAGAUGCCCUCUGCCUUGCCUGCAGCGCAUAUCGACCCUGUAGCACGGGCGCCGCUGUGGGCUGCUAAGCAAGACUACCCUCAUCCAACUGGUCAUGGAGUCGGGGCAGCUUUGAAUCGGCGAGAAGAUCCAGUGGUAAUCGACUACAGACAAGACACAAAUCUUCAUAACUUCCGAGAAGGAUAUUUCAUUACAAGUGAGCCGGCGUGGUACGAGCGCGCCAAGUUUGGGGUUCGGCUGGGCAAUGUGUUGGAGGUGGUGCUACGCCCUGACGGCUACCUGGGCUUCACCGAGGCGACGCUGUUGCCCUUCGAGCCCAAACUUAUUGACAAGAAACAGCUAACUGAGUAUGAGAUGAAAUGGAUAAACGCAUACAACGACCGUAUACGGAAGAUCGUGGGCCCAGAACUGCAGAGUCAAGGUCUACUGGACGUGUACUACUGGAUGACCAACAAAACCGUGCACAUCGAGCCAAUGAAGAUGAACAAACCAGCCAAUCAUGGCCACAUCUCUGUAGUAUCUUGGAGUUUGGUCGUUGGAGUUGUAGUUUUUAGCGUAUUUGCUUAAAUUACUUUAAGAUUAAAGCCUCGAAUCCAACUGGCAACAAAUAGCGCGCAACACGUAAUGCUCAACAUGUACGGCAACGUUGCACAACAGCGCGCGACGUUGCCAGCUGAAGCGCAACAAGUUGCGUGGCUUGUUUUUUUUAGAGAGAACCGUUAGUUGAGCUUCAAUUGUUGUCGAGUGGAGACAUGAUCCGCAACAACACUAGUUCUUCUGGCGACAUGUUGGUGACGUCAGACGUGUAGUAGAUGCGUAGAUAGACAACGUUGUUAAACAAAAGUUCCGCGUAACAUGUUGCGCGCCUAAUGUUGCCAAGUGGAUACGAGGCUUAAGGGUCAAACCAUAUCUGCCAGGGCGCUAUCACCUCGACGAUACUGCCUACAGGACGAUUCGACGGUAAAUGUAAGUUCUGAGUUCGCCAAGUCCAGCAAACUGACUCAUGUGACUGGGCCAACCGUGUAUAACAGAUUGCCUAAAUCAAUCGUUGACGCGCCAUCAUUGAAAUGCUUUAAAAGUAGGCUUAAAUGCUGGCUACUCGAACACACUUUCUAUAGCUUUGAAGAAUUUUUUACUUUAAAAUUUACCACUUAGUACUUAAGUAAGUACCAUUAUUGUUUUAUUAUAUUUUCCAUAUGACAUGUAAUAUAACUAUUACGAAAUAAAUGAAUAUGGAUAUGAGUAACAAAAGACGAUAGCAGUAUAGGAAAGUGCGAUGUGGUGCUGACAAAUAUGGUUUACCCUUUAGGAUUCAUAUAUACAUAGAUAAAUUCACGCCCGUAAUCUCUAAUGGAGUGGGCAGAGCCACAAAUAACUAAAGACAAUUUGCAGCCGCUGUUGAUAAGAAGUCCUGUUGAUAAGAAGUCCUAAGACGGAUAUGGCAAACCUUAUGGUGACAAGGGAUCAGCCUAUAACAUAUCAAUUGUAAAUGUAAGUACCCAAUCUCACUGUCGGAUUUUACGACAUGCCCGGUAAGACAAGCAGCUGAACGUGUUCUAUAAGUAAUUCGUAACGACAAAGAAGAGAAGCAUUUAUCGUGAAUAAGACAGUUAUUUUAAAAAUACAUCAGGCAAUCCAGCAAUGUCCUCCCCGGUAAUCAAACCUGGACCUCCUAGGUUGUGGGUCGAACAUUCUAACCACUAGACCAAGGAGGAUAGCCCGUUAGUUGCUAUUGGUGCAAAUAAGAAAUUUAUCUAGCAGGUACGAUUCUGGCCAAGUAUAUAAUAUCAUUUGCGUCAAAUCUACAAUAAAAUACGUCAAAAAAGGAAACAGGUCCUUAAUCUUAUACAUAAGAUUUGAUUUGCGAAUGAAUGCUAAUAUCUUGAUUGUUACGAAUUAGAUUAAUAAAAAGCAAUCAGUCUAGUAAGUGUCUAGUCUACCUCCAAUUUUAAAUUAUAAAUUACCCACGGUAUAAAAAAACAGGUAUGCUCAAACGUGACAGCUAACAUUUCAAGGUUAGCCCAGCUGACGUCAUCCCACCCUGCGUUGCCAUGUCGUGAAAAAUAAAUUACCCACGACCAAUGUUUUUAAUUUACUUUGCUAGUAAAUUUGGAACUUUUAGUAAAAGAUUUAUUUUCAGUUUUAAUGAUUUUUAUAUAUUUGAGAAGUAAUUAAAUACAUUAGUUAGUAAUUCACUCAAUUUUCAAUAAUAAAACUUACGUCCUUGGAAUGUUAGACAUACAUACAUACAUACAUAAACUCACGCCCGUAAUCCCUAAUGGGGUGGGCAGAGCCACAAGUAAUCAAAGACAACUUGCAGCCACUGUUGAUACGAUGUCGUAAGCUGGAUAUGAUGAACCUUAAUCUUCUUUCUUUUCCUUUUUUUGGAAUGUUAGAGAUACCAAUUUAAUGGUAACACUUACGUCAUCAAAGGGCUAGCAAUGGCGGCUUGUUAUAGGAUUGAGCAUACCUAUGGUAAUACCUAUAACAGUGACAAACAUUUAUAUAAAACUUAUUUAAUCAAAUGUAGCAUGUAGAUAGAGAUGUAGAGAUUUAUAAGCAAAUAAUUUAAAUAAUACAUAUUACCCCCUAGUUAUCUAUUACUCGUUAAAUGUUUUUUUAUUAUGCUAUUUAUAUUUACUUAGCUAAGUAUAUUACAGUAUCCAAAAUGGUGGUUUGUUUCGUAGGAAUUUAGAAAGCUUAAAAUUAGGUGAAAGGAUUAAUUAUUUAAGGAAUUAAAGCAUUCACUAAUAUAGCAAUACUGUGCCUUGAAAGGUGGCUUAUGAAAAAAUACAUUGACUACCUUCAGCAGGGUCUGCACGGCAACCAUGCCGCGCGGCGCUAAUUACGCCGAGGGUUUUGACCAAUAGACGCAGCGAAUGCUAUCUACGUAGAUAGACGUCGUAUGGCUAUUGGUCAAAGCCCUUGAUAUAUUUCGAGCAGCGCCGGCGCGGUUGCUGUGCCGCGAGGGCUGGUGGUCUAAAAACGCCACAUCAAAGCAAUAUUGCAAUUUCACAUUUGCGCAUAUAAAAUUAAAGGCGCGAAGUCAACAAAUGACAAAUAGCAAUAUUGCUUUUUCAUGUGAAUUGAUUCAAUGUAGCCUUUUUAACCCACUUGGUCAUUCUGAACUACUCAAACUGAAUAUUUAGCGACAAUGAAAUGUCUUUUUACCGGUGAGACUAUUUCAGAUGUUAGAUACACAAUCAUUCUCAUUUUAUAUCGAGUCAUAUACCUAAUAUAAACUAGAAGAUAAUCCAUAUAGAGUUGAUAUUACCUUUCACGUUUUCAAAACAGUAAUAAUUUUAUUAUAAUAUGUGUCUGGUAGCAGUAAAACUAACAGAAGCAGUAACUAGUAGCAGUAACUGUCAUUACUAUGCAGAGGCGGAGGACAGGAGUCCUAGUACGGCUUUGAAAUUGACUACUUUGGGCGCCAUCCCACUUGCGUCAGACAGAAUACUGCGGAGCGGAAGGCAAGAGGGAAAACAUUGCUCUAUUUUGCCCUAAGAAGUAGCAUGGAGAAUGCUGCACUGACGAGUGGCUCUUAAAUUAGUGAUGAUGAUGAGCAGUAAAACUAUCUGAUAGAUAGUCUAUCUACAAGACAGAUAAAAAAGAAAUAUUUAAAAAAAUCAAGAAAGACGGUGAAAGGUAAUAUCAGCUCUAUAUUAUGGACUAUCAUCAAGUAUGGGUAAAUAUGCCACCGAAUUCAAGGCCUAUAGUCGAAUAGUAUAUCUCCCAAAAGGGGAAGCUGCAAGUGGUUUAUGUUGGUUCGCAUUGUCUGUCUACAAUUCUAUCUCAUACAUAAACAGCCUCUAUACGUCCCACUGCUGGGCAUAGGGCUCUCCUCAAUCUACCGGAGGGGGUAUGGAGCAUACUCCACCACGCUGCUCCACUGCGGGUUGGUGGAGACAAUUCAUUUCACCGAUAAAAAACAUCUAUUCUCGAAUUUUAACAAGACUUGCAUUGAUGUGCCUUUAAAAAUAGAUAUAGAAUAGAAUACUCAGAACCUAAAAACUUUUUGUUUACAAAAGUUUCAUAGAAAAUGUUCUAUGAAAUUAUAUUAUAUUAUUGUUAAUUAAGCAUAAGUAGCUAUAAUUAUCAAUAGCACCGAGUGCCUUAUCAAUCAGUAGUCUGUAAAAAUGCUUCUAUUAUAUCGUUAAUCAUAUGAUUAUCCUUAAUUAUAAUGCAAGUGUCUAAUUUAUCGUGUACAUACAUGUUAUCAUUUCCAUCUUUAUCUUUAGCGAAGAUAUUGGGUGGCAUUUAUUUAUAACCGGCAAAAAUCUCUAUUGUUUUUUUCUUAUUCCAUACAUAAACAAAAUAAAUAUGAUGGCCUUAAGGUCUAUGUAACCAGGCCAAAAAAAACUAAAAAAAAAAUAUGAAAAAAGAACGCACCUUCUGUUUUUGAAAAAUCGUUUGACAGCAAUGUUGCUAUGAAUCUCUCGAUUAGUUGAUGGGAAUGUUGCCAUUUUUAAAUGUUAAAUAUACCUACAACAUGAGAGACUGUCCAGGCUACGUUCUCCAAAAAAAAAAUAUAGAUGGCGCUAUGCAUAUUUAACGUGAUAAUUACCUAUUUUCUCAUUGGGGUACAUAAUUAUCCAAAAAUAUACGUAAUGUAAUGGUAGAGGCAUAUAUAAAACUAAUUGUUGCUUGAUAUUUGGAUCACAUAUAACAUAACAUAACAAAUACUUUAUUGCACAAACAGGAAAAAACAAAAUACAAAACAAAAGAGAAAUAGAAUUAGUACAAUAGGCGGCCUUAUUGCUAAGUAGCAAUUUCUUCCAGGCAACCUUUAAGUAUAGGAGAUAUUGAAUAUUAAGUAAUAAAAAAUAUUAAGCGGGAUAGUGCAGCAGGGGAAUACUUGUGCAUAUAAAAAUAAAUACACUUUCGACUACAUAAACUACAUAAUAAUAAUACACAUAAUUAUAAUUGUUAUAAUAAAUAAAUAUCACUACUUAAACUACUACAUAUACUAUGGAAGAAAAGGAUAUGUAUAGAAUUAUGUUGCUACCAUGUUGCUUCUCUUUAUUUUGACCAGAAUAAUAAAGGGUGGAAGAUGUGUUGUGCCCGGGUGUAAUAACAAGGGUCAUCAUUUAUACCCAAAAACAAAGAUAAAAGACGCAUAUGUCUGUUAUUCGUGAAAUUAGAAGCCUAAACGAAGGCAACACUGAAGAGCGCCAUGUUAUUUUUUUGGUAUGUAGCCUGUAAAAUCCCUCAUUCCAGUUCCGAUUCAAUAUUUAUCCGAAAAUGUCACCUUAUCUUUAAUUAAGUAAAUUAUUUAAGUAAGUAGUUAAUAUAAAAUUUCACAUAUCAAAUUUUAAUGUAACUACCCAAUUUAUUGUGUAAGGUAAAUAAAAGCGGAUAAUAAUUUG